GUUUGGUCCGGGUGGAAACAGCAGCGGGCGAUGAGAUCCGUUCCGCUUCUUUUCGCUACGGAAGCAGCAGCAUGGCGCACAGUGCCAGGAGAGAUUGUCCGGAGCUGCCCGACUUCUCUCUGCUCAAGCGGGUGGCCCGAGACCGGCUCAUCUACCUGCUGGAACAGCUGACGGGGAAGAAGGACCUCUUCAUCGAUGCAGACCUGAUGAGCUUGCUGGACCGCAUCGCCAACGUGUCGACGCUGAAGAAACAUGAAGUCGACAAACUUUACAAAGUGGAAUACAAACCUGUUGUCAGCACCUCAGAUCAGCUGUGUUUUCUGAUCCGGCCGAGAAUCCCAACUGUCAAAUGGAUUUGUGAUGUGGUUAAUGCAGACAAAGCAGUGGGAAGACUCAGAAAAUAUCACAUCAUCUUCACUCCUCAGAAGUUCUUUGCGUGCGAGGCGGUGCUGGAGGAGCAGGGCAUCUUUGGAGACGUGACCACUGACGAGUGGUCCUUCUACCUGCUUCCUCUGGACGAUGACGUCAUCAGUCUGGAGCUGCCGGAGUUCUUCAGAGACAACUUCCUGGCGGGGGACCAGCGCUGGGUGAGGACCACCGGCAGCGCGCUGUACCUCCUCCACUCGCUCUACGGCCCGUUCUCCAAGGUCUACGGGAUCGGACGCUUUUCCCAGAUGGCGUACAAGUCGUGGCGGGAGCAGGUGGAAGAGGGGGAGCAAAGAACUCGUCAAGCCGAAAUAGGAAACGUUUUUCUCAUUGACAGAGACGUGGACUUCGUGACUCCUCUGUGCUCACAGGUCGUCUACGAGGGUUUGGUGGACGAUAUAUUCAGAAUAAAAUGUGGAUGUGUGGAGUUUGGUAGUGAAGUCACGUCGGAUAAAAGUCUUAAAGUCAUGUUGAACUCUCAGGAUAAGGUCUUCAACGAGAUCAGAAACGAGCAUUUCUCCAACGUCUUCGGCCUCCUCAGUCAAAAAGCCAGGAACCUCCAGACCGCGUACGAUAAGCGUCGGGGGAUGGACAUCAAGCAGAUGAAGACCUUCGUGUCCGAUGAACUCAAAGGGUUGAAACAGGAGCACCGGCUGCUCAGCCUGCACAUCAGUGCCAGUGAAUCGAUAAUGAAGAAGAAGACGCAGCAGGACUUCCAGGAGCUGCUGAAGACGGAACACUGUCUACUCGAAGGGUUUGAGAUCCGUGAGAGCAUCGGCUUCCUGGAGGAGCACAUCAUCCGACAGGUUUCCAUGACGGAGAGCCUGAGGCUGCUCUGCCUGCUGUCCAUCACGGAGAACGGUCUGCUGCCCAAAGAUUACCGCUCGCUGAAAGCUCUUUUUCUACAGAGCUACGGAGCCGAACACCUGCUGACCUUCUCCAACCUGCGGCAGAUCGGGAUGCUGGUGGAGCAGCCGGCCGGGGAGACGCUAACGGUGAUGGAGAGCCGAGUGGGCAAGCUGGUCAACGACAGGACCGCCGGUAAGCUGACCGACGCCUUCUCGUCCCUCGCCAAGAAGAGCAACUUCAGAGCCCUGAGCCGGAGGCUCGCCCUGGUGCCAAAGUCCAAUGAGGAAUACGACCUGCGCGUCCCGAGGGACAUGGCCUACAUCUUCAGCGGCGCCUACGUGCCUCUGAGCUGCAAACUGGUGGAGCAGGUGUUGGAGCACGACGGCUGGACGGGGUUGGAGGAAGUCACCAAGCUGCUCAACGGACAGGAAUUUGCUGUUACAGGCAUUGGAGCGGACUCGAGCUCGCAGCUCGACGCUCAGCGCGUCGUGGUCGUCAUGUUCCUCGGAGGCUGCAGCUUCUCUGAGAUCUCAGCCCUCCGGUUCCUGGGCCGAGAGAAAGGUUAUAAAUUCAUCAUCGUGACGACGGCCAUCACAAACAGCUCGAGGCUCAUCGAGUCGUUGCUAGGCAACGCCGCAUGAAGGCCGGCACGCCGCCACGCCGCCGCCACGCUGCCGCCAGACAGGAACCAGAACACUCCACGAGGCGGGAAACUAAAGGACUGUAAAGAUGUACAUUAAGUGAAUAAAUGUGUUGACAUGGUG